CAGCAGGCCACGCCCCCUCCCUUUCACUUCCUGUAAACAAAGCAGCAGCUGUCUGUCAGUCGGAUUCUUGUGUUUUCGCUCAUUUUCUACACAGAUUUCAGCGUUUUUUCGACGAUGGCUCAGGCCGGAGUGGUCCUGGACAAGGACCAGUUUAACUGCUCGAUCUGUCUGGACGUGCUGAAGGACCCGGUGACCAUCCCCUGCGGGCACAGCUACUGCCUGAACUGCAUCCAGAACUACUGGGACCAGGACGACUACUUGGGGGUCUACGUGUGCCCGCAGUGCCGGCAGAACUUCAGCCCGAGGCCGCCGCUCGCCAGGAACACCAUGCUGGCGGACGUGGUGGAGAAAUUCAAAAAGACGAGUCUCCAGGAGGCCCCGAAGACCACCACGACGCCUCCAGUGAGCCAGAGUUUCGCCGAGGCCGGUGACGUAGAGUGUGACGUGUGCACCGGGAGGAAAAACAAAGCGGUGAAGUCCUGUCUGGUGUGUCUGGCCUCCUACUGCGACCUCCACCUGCAGCCUCACUACCAGUCUGCAGCUUUCAAGAAGCACAAGCUGGUGUCGGCCUCCAAGAAACUGGAAGAGACGAUCUGCGGGAAGCACGACAAGCUGCUGGAGGUUUACUGCCGCACAGACAACCAGUGCAUCUGUUACCUGUGUCUGACGGACGAGCACAAGGGCCACGACACGGUGCUGGCCGAGGCUGAGAUCCAGCAGAAGCAGAGGGAGCUUGGUGACAUGAAGCAGAGCUCUCAGCUGAGGAUUCUUCAAAGGGAACGAGGAGUCCAGGAGAUCAGACAAGCCGUUUUCUCUCUCACUCGCUCUGCUCGGGCAGCAGCCGAGGAGAGCGACCUCCUCUUCACCGAGCUGAUCCGCUCCAUCGAGCUGAAGCGCUUCGAGGUGCGGGAGCUGAUCAAAGCCCAGGAGAAGACCGCCGUCAGUCAGGCCGAGCAGCUGCUGGAGAAGAUCCAGAAGGAGAUCGCUGAGCUGAAGAAGAACGAGGCUGAACUGGACAAACUGUCCCACACUGAAGACCACGUCCAUUUCCUCCAGAGCUGUCAGUCUCUUCAUGCUCCACCUGUGCUGUCAGCUUUGCCUUCAGUCACCGCUGACCCCAACCUCACCUUCGGCCCCGUGAUGACAGCUGUGUCCGACUUUAAAGGACUGUUACAGGAGGUCUGCCAGGGAGGAUUUGUCAGCAUCUACGAGAAAGUGAGAGAUGUAGUGAUUGUUGAUCCUCCAAAUCCUGCUGAUCAGCUGGACACGACGCAGCCCAGUGACGGAGAAUCAGCUGCUCCAAUGGAAGCAACACAAGUGAUCCCUCCACCUGGUCUGGACCAGCAUCCUGUCAACCCUCUCAACCCUUUCCUCCCUCCUGGACCCACUUUUAACUUCUCUCCAUUUGGCUCCAAACUCUCGACCGGAUCGAGACAAAAGCACCUUCAGCGACGCGCUCACCAAAGGAGGAAAUAGACUUUUAGUGGACAUCGAAACCAACAUUUCCCAUCCACCUACACAGGCUGAAUGUCAUCACACCAGUGCUCUUCUCUCACAAAUCUGUGCUGAAACUUGUGAAUUUCACAUUUAAUAAUUGACUUAUUUUGGUAUUCAUUUAAUUGUUGUGUUUUCACCCAUCAGCUGUACUUGCAUCUUGUAUUAUAAUGCAGGUGGGACAGUAUUUAGAGAUGAUCACAUAGACAAUGUCUUAACUUGAAGUAUUAAGAAGCAUAAAGCAGGACUGACUCACUACAUCUUAUUUCACGAUCUGAAAAGAA